GAAGCAUUAUCAGGCGUUAUCUAACAUAUGUAGAUAAACAAUUAGUUGUGUAGGAAUUUUAUCAUUGAACAUUUUUUAAAUAAAAAUGGCAGCAACAGCAGUACUGAGUAAAGACGUGCCAGAUAUCGAGAACCUUCUAAAUAUCAGGCCAAAAGUUAAGGCUUAUACAAAUUUUACGCCUACGGUGGAAACUAAACAAAAUAAGUUGCAUUGGAAAAGAAACAAGAAUAAAAAUUGCGCAGCUUGUACACCUUUGACAAAAAAUUUUGAUGACAUCAAACAUACUACUUUAAGCGAGCGUGGUGCAUUACGUGAAGCUGCACGGUGUCUGAAAUGUGUCGAUCCACCAUGUCAGAAAUCUUGCCCUACUCAACUCGAUAUCAAAACCUUCAUCACCUCUAUUUCCAACAAAAAUUACUAUGGAGCCGCAAAAGCUAUUUUCUCGGACAAUCCACUGGGCUUGACUUGUGGAAUGGUUUGUCCAACUAGUGAUCUUUGCGUUGGUGGAUGCAAUUUGUUCGCUUGUGAAGAAGGUCCAAUUAAUAUUGGUGGUCUCCAGCAGUUUGCUACCGAGAUUUUCAAAAAAAUGAAAAUAUCUCAAAUGAGAAUUCCUGGCCAAACCGUUCCACAUUCAGACACUAAGAUUGCUUUAAUAGGUUGUGGUCCAGCUUCCCUAUCUUGCGCUACUUUCUUGGCUCGAUUAGGAUACGAUGAUGUCACUAUUUUCGAAAAAGAAAAAUACAUUGGAGGUUUGAGUUCAACGGAAAUUCCUCAGUAUCGACUUCCCUAUGAUGUUGUCAACUUUGAGAUUGAUCUUGUGAAAGAUUUAGGUGUUAAGAUUGAAUUAGGCAGAGCAUUAUCAGAAAAUGAUCUUACCAUUAUAAGUCUAAAAAAUAAUGGAUACAAAGCAAUCUUUCUAGGCAUUGGCUUGCCAGAACCAAAAACAAUUUCUGUCUUCAAAGGCCUUACAGAAAAAAUGGGUUUCUUCACAUCAAAAUCUUUUCUCCCAGCAGUUUCAAAAGGAAGCAAACCAGGGAUGUGCCCUUGCAAGAAUGCUUCUUUACCAGCUCUUCAUGGGAAUAUAAUAGUUCUCGGUGCGGGAGACACAGCUUUUGAUUGCGCAACUUCUGCAUUAAGAUGCGGAGCUAAAAAGGUGUUUGUCGUAUUUAGAAAAGGGUUCAGCAACAUCCGAGCAGUUCCUGAAGAGGUACAAUUAGCACAGGAAGAAAAAUGUGAAUUCAUUCCAUUUCAAAGCCCGAAAGAGGUAAAAGUUCGUAAUGGUAAAAUAGUAGCAGUUGAAUUCUACCGAACAGAUCUUAAUGAUAACGGUGAAUGGAUUGAAGACAAGGACCAAGUAACACAACUUAAAGCUGAUUUUCUCAUAUCAGCAUGUGGAUCAGGACUGUAUGAAUCAAGUGUGAAAAACGCAAUGGCACCUGUCAAAAUGAACAGCUGGGGUUUACCUGAUGUCGACCGAAGUACAAUGUCAACUUCUGUGCCUGGAGUGUUCUGUGGUGGCGAUCUUGCAGGAGUUUCAGACACCACAGUUGAAUCCGUAAACGAUGGGAAAACAGCCGCCUGGUUCAUGCACAAGUACAUACAAGAAUCCUACGGCUUAUCCGUGCCAAAGGAACCACGAUUGCCUCAAUUUUAUACAGCCAUCGAUGACGUCGAUUUGAGCGUCGAGUUCUGUGGCCUCAAAUUUGAAAACCCCUUCGGAUUAGCUUCGGCACCACCAGCAACAACCAGUGCAAUGAUCCGAAGAGCUUUCGAAGCUGGAUGGGCUUUCGCAGUGACAAAAACGUUUUCUCUGGACAAGGAUUUGGUAACCAACGUGUCUCCUCGCAUCGUGAGAGGCCCUCCCUCCAGGAAUUUCUAUGGACCGGAGCAGAGCAGUUUUUUGAAUAUUGAAUUGAUAUCGGAGAAGACUCAAGCCUACUGGUGUCAAAGUAUUACCGAACUGAAGAGAGAUUUCCCAACAAAAAUCGUUAUUGCUAGUAUUAUGUGUGCAUACAGUCAAGAAGAUUGGGUUGAACUUGCUCAAAGUGCCGAAUCAGCUGGUGCCGAUGCUCUGGAAUUGAAUAUGUCCUGUCCCCAUGGAAUGGGAGAGUCUGGAAUGGGACUGGCCUGUGGUCAAGAUCCUACUUUGGUGAGAAUGAUUUCAAAGUUCGUACGAGAAGCGGUAAAAAUACCAUUUUUUGUGAAAGUAACACCGAAUAUUACAGACAUUUGUAUAAUAUCAAGGGCAGCUUUUGAAGGUGGAGCUGAUGGAGUGUCUGCAAUUAACACAGUACAGGGAUUAAUGGGUCUUCAUGCGGAUGGAACUCCUUGGCCUGCUGUUGGCAGUGCCAAAAGUACUACUUAUGGAGGAGUGUCAGGAAAUGCCAUAAGACCGCAAGCUCUAAAAGCCAUUUCUUCCAUUGCUCAAAAUCUUCCCGGAUUCCCAAUAAUGGGUAUCGGUGGCAUAGAUUCUGCUGAUGUUGCCUUACAAUUCUUACAGAGUGGCGCAACGUUAUUACAGGUUGGAAGUGCCAUUCAAAAUCAAGAUUUCACCCUUAUCGAAGAUUACGUCACAGGAUUGAAAGCAUUGCUUUAUUUAAAGAGCCUAGAACAGGUCAAUGAUUGGGAUGGACAGAGUCCGCCUACAAUUAAACAUCAAAAAGGCAAACCUGUCACACUUGCCCAUGCUUUGGGAAAGAAUGUACCCUACUUUGGAGAAUAUCAAAUACUUCGUGAGAAGGCUAUAGCAAAAAUGAAAGAGCAAGAGGACCUUCUCGCUGCUGAUUUAAACUCUACGAGACCAGUUCCUGCUCCUGUUAGACCAGUUCCAUCGAUAAACAGUAUCAUAGGAGCUGCUCUACCAAACAUUAACAAAUAUAAACAAUUGGACAAUACACAACAAAUUGUUGUACUCAUCGAUGAUGAUUUAUGUAUAAACUGCGGAAAAUGUUACAUGGCAUGUGCUGACUCUGGAUAUCAGGCUAUCAAAUUUGACGCGCAAACUCACAUUCCUGUUGUCACCGAUGAUUGCACAGGUUGCGCACUCUGUUUAUCAGUGUGUCCCAUCAUCGAUUGCAUUACAGUGGUUCCCAAAAAUAUCCCUCAUGUCAUAAAAAGAGGAGUGCCACCAAAAGCAGCAGCAACAUGAUUAUUUUAUAUAAUAGUACAAUGGGCUAUAUUUUCGUGCAAUCUUGUUACCUUUUAUAAACACCUUUUAUAAAUAUAAUGUUUUAUAGGUGUGGUAUUUUUCAAUUAAAAAAGUCGUACA